UUGAAAAUGUCCCUGAUCAAUGUCUCACUACCGUUUUGACUGUUUUCUGUGCACUUAGCUGAUACAACAUCAAUGUCUUCCCCCUCCUGUUGAACUUUAUUUUUUGCAGCUGUGUGCUGGAUUUGAUUCCUCUUUUUUGUAAAAGUGAUACCAGACAGAACACGGCCCUGUCUGCUUUAUGUUUUGUUUCCUGUUUAUCACAUUGUAUUUUAACUGCUCGUGGCUGCACUCUGAGCCAUGUUACUGGCUGUGUAACCCUCUGCAGAGCUAAUAAUUAAAACUCUAAUGCAAUUCCGGUCUGAGAAAGUCAUUAUUUCAAAUCACAUUAUACAUUUUUCACGGCAGAACCACUUUCGUUGCUGGUCUGACUUUUGUUAGGUUUAGGUUGUAAAUAACAUCAGAAGUCAGUGUGCAUGUUAAAUAAUGUUGUUGUAAUGAUUUCAUGUUAGUUUGUUGUGUUGCCAAUUAUUGUAUUUGUUUAAACCUGCAUGUGAUGAAGAGGUGUGUCUGCUACGUAACGGUGUUGCCCGUGUUUGUGCUGUUAGCAUGCUUGGUGAACAUUGUUUUUGUUAGCUGUAAGCAUAGUAACGCUAUUUAUAUUGUACAGGCGAUGAGCCUGCAGCAACUUCAUACAGACACUGUUUUGUUUCCACAACUGCUAUGUGCGUUUAUAUUUGUCUUGUUGUAUUGUACAAUGUCCAACACGUAUGUUAGAUUGUUUCCUUUAAGGAAAGUGUAUUUUAUUUAUUUCUAUUUAUGUUAAUUAUUUUAUUUAGUGUUUUUGUGAUUAAUGUAUAUGUUCAUUGAGUUUUGUUUCCACAACAGCAGAUGAUGGCGGUCAGUGUCACUGAUGGCGGACAAAAUAGUCUGAAGAUUCCAGUUAUCUGUUCAGCUGUUGCUGGACGGACAAUACAAACAUUUGGAAAGACAUUUAUUUGAAGUGUGUCUUGAAAAGCCUUCACAACGCAGAAACAAAGAGGGGAAAAAAGGAGCUGUGAGGUGCAGCCACUGAUUACCUGACGGGGGAAAGGCAUCACUGAAAUCCCACCAUGACAGAUACUGAAAUACUGCAUAAUGGAACCACUGCCAACACAACAUAUGACUAUUCUGGCUACUACGACAUGAAUGACGACUACACCCCGACCUCUAUUCUUUGCCAGCAAUUGGACUUAAAGAUAUUUGGGAGUGUGUUUCUUCCCACGCUGUACAUUUUGGUUUUCAUUGUGGGAUUUCUAGGUAAUGGUUUAGUGGUGUGUGUCGUGGUGAAACACCGCAACAGUACCACCUUGACAGACAUCUGCCUUUUCAACCUGGCUCUGUCCGACCUCGUCUUCGUGCUCACGCUGCCUUUCUACGCUCACUACACCAGGGUCAAUCACUGGCCUUUCGGGGAUUUCAUGUGCCGUUUCAUCUCAACCUGCCACCACGCAGGCUACUUCAGCAGUGUCUUCUUCAUGGUGGCCAUGACGCUGGACCGCUACGUGGUCAUCAUGCACGCUCACAGGGUGGCAGCUUAUCGCACGCUGAGGGCAGGCGUUGUUCUCAGCACGUCCAUCUGGCUGCUGAGCCUGUGUGUCUCUAUACCAGCCUUUAUCUUCUCAGAGGUCAAAGAUCAUGGUAAUUGCUCACAUUGUAUCGACCGCAAGGAAAACAACGCCUGGGAAGUUUACAAGAUCUUUGCCACAAAUAUACUGGGUCUCGUGAUUCCCUUGUUGGUGAUGGUAGUUUGCUACUCAAGGAUUAUCCCUACACUGGUAAAGAUGAAGAGUGCGAGGAGGCACCGCGCCGUGAAGCUGAUCAUCUCUCUAGUGGCUGUGUUUUUCUUCCUCUGGGUCCCAUUAAACAUUUGCACUCUCUUGCACUUUCUGCAUCCGGAACAUACAUUGCCGAACGAAUGCAAAUUUAACAACAAUUUAAGGCUGUCAAUUAUAGUGACCGAGACCCUUGCUUACACUCACUGCUGCCUGAAUCCCAUCAUAUACGCCUUUGUGGGACAGAAAUUUAUGAAACGAGCCUUGCAGCUGCUGGGGAAGUGGGCUCCUGGGAUUCGUUCUCGCUCCAGCAGAGAUUUGUCUGAUAGUACAUUCAGGAAAAGCUCUAUCAUGUCCAGGUCCUCUGAUUCAUCCCACCCUGUUGUCAUUUAGCAGGUGGAGGGCAGAUGUGAUACAGUUUAUGGACACCAUUAACCGCCAAGGAGCUGAUGUGUUCACCCCUGUCCAUUUCUUUGAUGGUUUGUUCGUAAGCUGUAAGAUUAAAUUCAGGUGCAGAUCCAGAAUCUUUUUAUAUUAACUUUCUUUAACCUUGUGAGAUUGGUCAUUUUUCAAAUUUUCAUAGAUAUGGCACAGUUAGGGGACUGAUAUCUAUGAGCUUGUGAAAAUGUGGUCAGCUUGAUGGGAUUUAAGGGGACUGCUUGGCCAUACUACUUUAUUUUGUUUCAUCCAGGCUCCCUCAAUUGUCUAUCCAGGAUUUUUUUGUAAUUCAAAAACGUGUUUACUAUUACAGCUGCCUGUGCCUGUAAAUACGAUUAUUGUUUAGACCUUUUUUAUACCAUUUUCAAAUAAAUGUUUGCACUGUUAUAUAUUGUAUUGUUUAGAAAAUGAGAUUUUAGCUGACAGGCCAGUCAGUUUUAAAAUGGUCCUGUUGAGAGCCAAAUCAUCAGCAUCAUCCUCUCCUAUACUUUCACAGGUUUACUGAAUUCAAGACAGUUAUGCAGAUAUAGUCAAAAAUAUAACUGCACUCCAAACUUGACGACUUGACAGAGAAUGCCGUUUAACCACAAUGUUUUUGUUUCUCUGUGGACGAUGUGUUCGGGAUACUUUUUUGUUCCUUUUUACACCUUUUUAUGAAGUCUGCAAAUUGGUGAAAAAAUAUUCAUAAUGAAACGCUGACAAUUGUAAAAAAGCAAUGUUCUCUUUUGUAACAUGUGUUUUUUUUUUAUUCAACUGUUUGAUGAUGACUGAAAGUUGAAACUAACAGUGGGUUGUGUUGCAUGUUAUAAAAAAAGGCUGUUGCUUGUUAUAGAUCUGAAAGUGUUGAUGUGUAAGAAAACUUUUAAUUUUACAUAAUUAUUUUCAGUAUUAUAUUAUAUAAGUGUUUUAAUCUAUGAAUACAUACUCUUUUUUUAAUCAGUUAAUUUUAGUCAUGUUUUUUGCAUUGUAUUCUGCUUAAUGCCCAAUUGCUUGCAUUGAUAGUUAAAUUGUUUUUUUUUUUUGCAAAUGAGAUUAUUAAAAGUUUACUUCACGACAUCUCCAUCCCUUUCUGAGCAAUAACCAAAUAACUUUUGCAUUGUUGUUUAUAUUGGAAAUUAAAUCAAUGAAUUCAUUUAAUUUGUAUCGCCUAUAUUCACAAAUCCCAAUUACCCUUUACAAGGUGUUACAGCCUCUGCCCUUGACUCAAAAAACGACAAAAGAAACUCUUGUUAAAAUUGUAGCAACUUCAUAGAGAGUCACACGUGAGGGUUCCCUCUCCCGUGAUGGACAGGAGUGCAAUAGAGGCCAUGUGUA